UGACAAGCAGCAAACCGACCGCUAGCUGUCAUUCGGUUCAUGACUUCCGCUAAACGACACUUCCUAGUUCUUUUUGUUGGUGUUUGCGAAAGUGAUGGUACGCACGAAGAAGCCGAUUUUAAUUGACGGACGUGGGCACCUGCUUGGCCGGUUGGCUUCGGUCGUCGCCAAGCAGAUCCUGUCCGGAAAUGCAGUGGUAGUGGUGCGUUGCGAGGGUCUUCAACUGUCCGGCCAUUUCUUCCGCAACAAGAUCAAGUUCUUGGCCUAUCUGCGUAAACGGUGCAACGUCAACCCGGCACGCGGUCCAUUCCAUUUCCGCGCUCCGAGCCGUAUGUUGUGGAAGGCCAUCCGAGGAAUGGUUCCACACAAGACCAAGCGCGGCCAGAAUGCGCUGCGUCGCCUGAAGGUGUACGAAGGCAUCCCGCCGCCAUAUGACAAGAUGAAGCGAGUGUGUGUUCCAAUCGCCCUGCGACAGCUGUGUUUGCGUCCUGACCGAAAGUACUGUACGGUCGAUCGCGUUGCUCAUGAAGUGGGUUGGAAGUACCGUGAUGUGGUAAACAACCUGGAAGCCAAGCGCAAGAUCAAGGCACGCAUUGCUUAUAUGCACAAGAAGAAGCUGAAGAAUAUCACCUGGAAGGCUCGUGCCGUCGUUGCCAAGAGGAUUGAGCCGCAGAACGCUGUUCUGCGACAGUAUGGCUAUCUGACGACGGAAUUCGAGAAGAAGUACAACCGGCCAGUGGUGACCCCAGUCGCACCGAAACUUGGCAAGCGCAAGCGCAAGGAACUGUACGUAGCCGCAAAGGCCGCCCGUAAAACAGCGAAGUAUGCAGCCAGAGCCGAGGCCAAGCUGAAAAAGGCAUCGGCACCCAAGAGCCCGGCAAAACCGAAGGCGAAGGCUUAAUCUGUGAAAACAGAAAGAUUUAUCAUAAUGCGAUUAGGCGGUAGCUUUUGAAGACGAUGCAGAUUUAACAACGGUGCACGCUUUGAAAUGCUAUCACCAUAACAACAGCGUUGUGCAGGUUUUCUACCAACAGAAUCAUCGUGAACCAACGCAUUUGAUGUAAAGGAAGAUAAAAUACACAGAUACGCGCACGUGUAUGAGUGUGUGCGCGCGCGCGAAGAAACAUAA